CCACGACUGCUUCCUAGUUAUGAGUCAAUGUUUCCAUGUGAUGGGAAAAGAGUGCGUCUCAAGGCCAUUUUCACAUUUCAUUGGUGAGGUUGUCGUGUGGCAGAGAGGCAUCCUAAGCAACACGGACGUUGUUUUUCUAGAUAUGUCAGCCUACUAUCGACAUCUCUCUCCUUUAAAAACUUAUCCAAAAUGUCAUUUCCCAACAGCUCUCCUGUUACUAAUACUUUUGUAGUUGAUUCGUUGAUUGGCGCUUGCAGGACUGACCGUUUUUACUCCAGCAGCAACAUGUACAUGCCGUCCGGUGCAGAAAUGGGAAUUUACGGAAUGCAAACCUGUGGACUCUUGCCGUCUCUCAGUAAACGAGGGGACGUCAACCACCAAAAUAUGGGCAUGAAUUUCCACCCUUACAUACCUCAAAUUGAUAACUGGACAGAUCCCAGUAGACCUUGCGGAAUAGAGCAACCAUCCAACCAAAUGCCCAAUUGCACAUUUUCACAAAACAUUAAGGAGGAGAGGAAUUUCUGCAUGUAUUCCGACAAGAGAGCAAAGGUCAACUCGUCCGAUGUCCCUGUAUAUGCUAAUAUAAUCCCCGAAUCGUGUUCAGUUGACUGCCCCGAGAUCCCUGUCCCAGGGUAUUUCAGAUUAAACCAAACCUACUCGACUGGGAAAGACCAGGACUAUGGCCAGGAGAAGACAAGUCCGAACAUCACAUUCGUGCAGCUCAACAGAGUCACUCCAAAACCGCAGUUGUCUUCCUUUUUUGUCGAACUGGAAAAGAAAACGGCCGAGAUACCGCAUAACCGGGAGACCAGCAAGACACCCAUCCCCGCGGAAAUCCCGAAUCCUACAUCCACCGCGCAACGGGAGGAGAACUGCUCCACUGAAUCUUCAGUCUCCAGCCCAGAGUCGACACAAAGAGAAUCUAAAGACAGCAAAACGGACCUUCCAACGAGCAAUUGGAUGACUGCAACAAGCGGCAGGAAGAAAAGAUGCCCCUACACAAAGCACCAGACACUUGAAUUGGAAAAGGAGUUUUUAUUCAACAUGUACCUGACCCGAGAGCGCCGUCUAGAGAUCAGUAAAGGCGUCAACCUCACCGACAGGCAAGUCAAGAUCUGGUUCCAAAACCGCAGGAUGAAGCUUAAGAAAAUGAACAGUGAAAACAGAAUUCGGGGACUUACCUCAAAUCUCACCUUUUCGUGAGUUUGCUUACGGAAAGCUUGAUUUAUUGACUUUUUCCUCUAAGCGGUGGUGUGGGAGCAUCGGACUUUUGGAGGUUUUUCACCGAAACUGCGACUGACUGCUAUUUUAUUUUCAUGUUUAAAUGGUGACGCAUUGUGUAUUUUGAAUACAUUUUUUUCACAGGGUACAUUAAUAACGUCUUAAAUUAUUAAAAUGUACUAUGUAUCCAUUAUUAAACGGUUUGGUUUGAUUGAUUCUGACAUUUUUCGGACAUGAAAACACAUUAAAUCGAUAGUGGAUGAAAAGUUAUACAUUCGUUUAGAAUUAAGCGCUAACUCCUAGCUGAAUGUAAUCAUAUAAACGUUUAUGUAGCAUAAAUGUGGUGAGCAAUGUUAAUGAGUGUAAAUCUUACGCAUGUUUGUGGCAUGUAUCCUGCAAUAAAUUGAUAGUCAAAUGUAAUGUCUUAUUUCAGUGCUUCGUCUUGCAGUAGACAUAGGCUUUUUCAUGAAGACAGAUUUUACAUUACAUUUUAGUCACUUAGCAAAUUAUCCUAUCAAGAGCACUUACAAUAAUGCAUUCAUGUAUAUCAGAUGUAUAAAUAAAUGUAACAAAACAGAGAACUAUUUGUAGGAGCCCGCAAUAAGGUUAUUUUAGUUCCGCUAGAAUUAUUAGUGACGGGCCGUAUUAGUGACAUUGUUAUGUGAACCAAUCAAAUUAAGAAAACUAAUAUUCACAACAAGUCUAACUGCGGUAUACGUCAUAUCUUAUGUAGGUGCAACGUCAAUUUCACAAACAUCCCUAUUUAAGCGUUGGCCUAUGCUCGACAUGAUUGCGGAUAGCUAUUCAAAGACUAA